AUGCCUGGUAGACACCUUAGGACUUUAAAAACGGAAAAGACCUGCUUUUAGGGGGUAAUGCUGAGGGACACUAUGAAAUCUUGGAAUGAUAGCCAGUCAGAUCUCUGUAGCAGUGACCAAGAAGAGGAAGAAGAGAUGGUUUUUGGUGAAAAUGAAGAUGAUUUGGAAGAGAUGAUGGAUUUCAGUGAUCUGCCUACCUCACUUUUUGCUUGCAGUGUCCAUGAAGCUGUGUUUGAGGUGCAAGAGCAGAAGGAGAGAUUUGAAGCACUUUUCACUGUCUAUGACGACCAAGUGACAUUUCAGUUGUUUAAAAGCUUUAGAAGAGUCAGAAUAAAUUUCAGCAAACCCGAAGCAGCAGCAAGAGCACGUAUAGAACUCAACGAAACGGACUUCCACGGGAAGAAGCUGAAGCUGUAUUUUGCACAGGUACAGAUGUCCAGUGAAACCCAGGACAAGUCGUAUUUACUGCCCCCGCAGCCGGUCAAACAGUUCCUCAUCUCCCCUCCUGCCUCGCCGCCUGUGGGGUGGAAGCAGGGGGAAGACGGAAUGCCUGUUAUAAACUAUGACUUACUCUGUGCGGUUUCCAAACUGGGACCAGGAGAGAAAUAUGAGCUCCAUGCUGGAACGGAGUCAACGCCGAGCGUGGUGGUUCAUGUCUGCGAAAGUGAAACUGAAGAGGAAGAAGAAACAAAAAACCCCAAACAGAAAAUUACCCAGACGAGGCGCCCCGAGCCUCCAGCCGCAGCACUGAGUGAGCCCCAGACCUUCGAUGGGGCACUGUGAGGCCUCUGGCUGGUGCCAGGCAGCUGCCCCUGGGGGCUC